ACUGCCUCAAUUUAAGUUCAGCAUCAAACCACAUUAGCACAACGUAACGAGCAAAGUACGUAAUAAUUAAGUUCAUCGGGAUGGGGAAUUCGUCGGAGAAGUUUGGAUCGUCGUCGUCGUCGGAGAAGGUUGCUACAGCCGAGGAGUGGCAAAGGGCGGUGAACAAGGUGGUUCAGGCGGUGGUCGCGAUCCACGUCACAGCUUGCCGAAGUUUCGACACCGAGUCCGUUGGUUCUUCAACCGCAACUGGCUUUGUUGUCGAUAAGCGCCGUGGAAUUAUUCUUACUAACAGACAUGUUGUUAGCCCUGGACCUGUGGUGGCUGAAGCCAUGUUUAUGAACAAUGAAGAAAUUCCUAUCUAUCCAAUAUAUAGAGACCCUGUUCAUGAUUUUGGUUUUUUUCGUUAUGAUCCUGGUGCAAUACAAUUCCUUGAUUAUGAGGAAAUCCCUCUUGCUCCUGAGGCUGCUCAUGUGGGCCUUGAAAUAAGGGUAGUGGGGAAUGAUAGUGGCGAGAAGGUCUCUAUUUUGGCCGGCACCCUUGCUCGUUUAGAUAGAGAUGCUCCAAAGUACAUGAAUGAUGGCUACAAUGACUUCAAUACAUUCUACAUACAAGCUGCAUCUGGGACUAGGGGUGGUUCAAGUGGCUCUCCAGUAAUUGACUGGAAGGGCAGAGCGGUUGCUUUGAAUGCAGGGAGCAAUAAUUCAAGCGCCUCUGCUUUUUUCCUUCCGUUAGAGCGAGUUGUAAGGGCUUUAGCUUUCUUACAACAAGGAAGAGAUUCUAGACACAAAUGGGAGGCAAUAUUUAUUCCUCGUGGCACGCUUCAGGUUACAUUUGUUCAUAAAGGAUUUGAUGAGACCCGUCGUCUUGGUGUUCAUAGCGAAACAGAACGGUUGGUACGAAGUGCUUCUCGUCCAGGUGAAAUUGGAAUGCUUGUUGUUGAUUCUGUGGUGCCUUGUGCCCCAGCUUAUGAUCUCUUAAAGCCAGGUGAUGUACUUGUUUGUAUGAAUGAGAAGGUGACUACUCAUUUCCUUGAGAUGGAAACUCUACUUGAUGACAAUGUCGGAAAGAAUGUUGAACUUAAAAUUGAAAGAGGUGGUGCCUCAUUGACCGUUGAAUUAGUGGUCCAGAAUUUGCACUCAAUAACUCCUGACCGCUUCUUGGAAGUUAGUGGUGCAGUGAUACACUCCCUUUCAUAUCAACAGGCUAGAAAUUUCAAUUUUCAAUGUGGACUUGUCUAUGUUGCAGAGUCAGGAUAUAUGUUCUCUAGAGCUGGUGUUCCUGACCACUCUAUCAUUAAGAAAUUUGGAGGCAAAGUUAUUUCAAAUCUUGAGGAGUUAAUACAUGUCCUAUCUAACUUGAAUAGGGAUUCAAGAGUACCUCUUGAGUACAUAAGCAACACAGACCGUCACCGGAUACAGUCUGUGUUAGUCACAGUCGACCGCCAGGAGUGGCAUGCCCCUCCUCUUAUUUACACUCGUGAUGAUGGUUCUGGAUUAUGGUUUGCUAAGCCAGCUUUACUGCCUGAUUGUGUUUUCCUUUCUGACGUAAUUCCUGCCAGACAAGAUCUGUUGAGUUAUUAUGUGUCUCAACAUGUUAGCAAGGAGUCAAGCAAUGGUGCUGUAGAUAUGGAACCUUGUUAUGAAAUCACUACAGAGGGACCACAAUCUCAGGACAAUAUUGGUUCUGGUAUAAAGACAAGAAUGGUGGAAGAAAUCUCAUCCGUUGGUGGAACAGAUGCAGCUAAUGCCUCGGUUGCGGAGCGUGUCAUUGAACCUACUCUUGUUAUGUGUGAGGUUCAUGUUCCGAUAUCAUGUGUGUUGGAGGCUGUCCACAAACUACAAUUUUCUGGUACUGGUGUGAUUGUAUACCAUUCACCAAGUAUGGGCCUAGUUGCUGUAGAUAGGAACACUGUUGUAACAUCAUCUUGUGAUGUCAUGCUGUCAUUUGCUGCUUUUCCUAUUGAAAUACCUGGGGAGGUAGUCUUCCUUGAUCCUGUCCACAAUUUUGCUUUUGUUGCAUAUGAUCCUUCUGCGCUUGGACCUGAUGGUUACUCUGCAGUUCAUGCUGCUGAGCUUCUCCCUGAGCCUUCGCUUCGUCGCGGUGAUUCUGUGUCACUUGUGGGACUGAGCACAAGCCUGCAGGCAAUCUCAAGAAAAUCAAUUGUUACAAAUCCUUAUGCCAUCCUGAAUAUCGAAUCAACUGAUUGUCCACGAUAUAGAGCAAUAAACAUGGAAGUUAUUGAGCUUGACACUGAUUUUGGUACUACAUUUACUGGCGUGCUGUCUGAUGAGCGUGGAAGAGUUCAAGCAUUAUGGGGAAGCUUCUCAUAUCAGACGAAGUACCCUUCUGGUUCGGUUAAAAAUGAUCAAAAUGUCCGUGGAAUUCCAAUAUACGCCAUAAGUCGAGUUCUUGAAAAAAUUAUAUCUGGUUCCAAUGGACCUUUUCGUCUUAUAAAUGGUGUCAGAAGGCCUUUGCCACUAAUGAGAAUACUAGAAGUUGAACUUUAUCCUACAUUACUUUCCAAGGCCCGCAGCUUUGGAUUAAGUGACACUUGGAUCCAGGCCCUUGUGAAAAAAGACUGUAUUAGACGGCGGGUUCUAAAGGUCAAAAGCUGUUUUGCUAGCUCAAGUGCUGAAAAAUUACUAGAACAAGGUGACACGUUGUUGGCCAUCAACAAGGAGCCAGUUACAUGCUUUCGUGACAUUGAAGAUGCUUGCCAAGAAUCAUAUAAUGGUGAUGGCAAACUGUGCAUUACCAUAUUCCGUCAGGGUUGUGAAAUGGAACUACUUGUGGGAACAGAUAUGAGGGAUGGUAAUGGAACCACACAUGCAGUAAACUGGUGUGGGUGUAUUGUCCAAUAUCCUCACCCAGCUGUCCGCGCACUUGGAUUUCUCCCCAACGAAGGCCAUGGUGUAUAUGUGACAAGUUGGAGAAGCGGUAGCCCUGCAAACCGCUAUGGUCUGUUUGCUCUUCAGUGGAUUGUUGAAAUAAAUGGAAAAGCAACUCCUAAUUUAGAUGCUUUUAUUGAGGUUACAAAGGGAUUAGAGCAUGAGCAGUUUGCUCGUGUAAGAACGGUAAAGUUGGAUGGGAAGGAUGAAGUGCUUACUUUGAAGCAAGAUUUACACUACUGGCCAACAUUGGAACUCAGGUUUGAUCCAGAAACAGCCAUGUGGCGACGCAAGAUCAUCAAAGGGUUGGACUUCGGUUCUAUGUGAAACAGUCCCUCUCCCCAACAAAAAGAGUCUUGUUGGUUGUACUGAUUUGAGGAUCACUGACACCAGACUUCUUUUCACAGGUUCUCAGUUACACAAUGCGUGUGAUGGAACAUCUCUCCAAUUAAUAAUAUAGCGUGUAUUAAUUACUCUCUACAUAUAUUUAAUAUAAAGUUAAAGUAUUGUAAACUUUGUUAUAAAGUUGUUUCCCUUUACUCAA